AUGGCCGACUACGAUUCGGAUUCAUCCGGUGCAAGAGAUGAUAUCAAGACCGACGUGAUCAUUGGCUACGCGUCGAAAGAUCCCACAAGCGACGAUUUCAGCCAGCUAGGCGGGCAUGCGGUACGCAAAGAAGAGCGCCGAAAUACUUGAGAGGAGAGACUAAGAGAUGGAUUAGACAUGGCUCGAUGACAAGUCCGCUCCAUCGGCCGCACUCGCGAAGUGCAAGGUAUGCCAUGGAUAUAUGAAUCUCCUGUUACAGCUCUACGCCGACCUCCCGGAUCGAUUCCCUGAGGAUGAGAGGAGGGUGUACAUCUGGGCUUGCCGAAACAAGACUUGCAGACGUAAAGAUGGAGGCGUGAGGGGUGUUAGGGGUAUAAGACGCACGAAGAUACAGCGGCAAGCGGAUGCGACGGCAGGUGCUGGCAAGGAGGAGAGCAAAUCCGCAAUGCAGCCUGCAACAAAUCUUGGAGAGACGUUGUUCGGCGUGAAGCCCUCCUCGCAUGCAGCAGCAGCAAACCCAUUUGCUGUCCCGGGCAACAAUGCUGCAUCCUCAAACCCGUUCGUAGCUCCAGGCGUCUCAACAAAUCCAUUCGCCUCAGCAUCGUCGCUUGCCGCGAAGCCACCUCAAAAGCCAGAAGCGACAGAAGACCUGCCCCAAACUUUCGCCGAGAAAGCCCGCAUAUCCAGCACACAGCCUACAGAAUCAGCCCAAACGCAGAUUCCGUACGAACCUUGGCCAGAGGUCUCUGCUUUCCCGGAACCGUACCCCAGCUACCACAUCGACGCCGGUCAGGAGUACAUUGACCCGGAAGGCGCCCCAGCACCGUCCAACGUUCGCAUCGACAACGGCGAAGGAAGCAGUGGCAGUGCAGCCGAAGACAAGACCUUGUUUGAAAGCAGCAUGGACAAGACAUUCCAGAAAUUCGCAGAUCGGCUGGCACAAAACCCUGAGCAAGUUGUACGAUAUGAAUUUGCGGGGCGUCCACUACUCUACUCGAAGACGGACGCCGUGGGGAAGUUGCUCGCACCAGCACAGGAAAACUCAAACGCGACAGUCAAGACGCAGAGCAUCAGCACAUCAACCGCAUCGAAAAUGCCGCGCUGUGCGGCUUGCGGCGCAGAGAGGGUGUUUGAGCUGCAGCUGACGCCGCAUGCUAUCACAGAGCUGGAAGCCGAUGAGAUUUCAGUGGAUGGAAUGGAUUGGGGAACGAUUAUCCUGGGAGUCUGUAGCCAAGAUUGUCUCGAGAAAGGCAAGAGAGAUGGAGAAGUUGGGUAUGUGGAAGAGUGGGUCGGUGUGCAAUGGGAGGAGCUAGCCGGCAAGCGGCCGGCUUAA